AUGCUCCAAACCUACCAAGAGCUCGCCAGCCGUGCGCCAUCCAGGCAGGAAGAUGUCUACAUUUUUGCAAUAGCCCCCGUCACGGGCCGUGGCCUUGCCGCUAUCACCUCUGCCGAUGAACUCCUCCUUCUCAAUAGGGACAACCUGGCUGGAUCCAACCCCGUGGGGAUCCAAGGUGUCCCCCACGGGCUCUCUUCAUUAGUGGUUGAGGACCAGGGAACAACUGUCAUGUGUGCUGGAAAUGACGGAACCGUGGCAGUGUUUGAUGUUCGAACUCCAUCGAGUGUUGCCCACUUCAAGUCGGCCAAACCUGUCAAUUGUCUGGCCUCCAGGCUGAACGAUGUGGCUCUUGGCUGCGAGGCGGUCGUCUCCAUCUGGGAUCGGAGACAGGGGAAGCUAAGAUGGCAGAAUGCUGAGGUCAACGAUGAGAUCACUGCAUUAGAUUUCCAUCCUUCCAGGGAUAAUCUGCUCCUCAGCGGAGGCGAUGACGGUGUAGUCUGCGUGUUUGACACUCAAAUCCAAGAAGAGCAAGACAGUCUGCUUCAGGCCGUGAACCAUGGUCCAAUUCACAAGGCAGGCUUCUUGGGGCCAACGGACCUAUACGCUUUGAGUUCGGACCAGAAUCUUUCAUUGCACUCUCUCACUGUUGAUGACGCAGAUGCUGAGGCAGAUCAGCCAGCGCCGGAUCAGUUGGGGGACCUAAGACCAGCCAUCCCCUGCGAAUAUGUGAUUGACAUCCUCCAUAGCGGCACGGACCAUAUUGUGGCUUGUGGCUCGCACAGUAAUUCUCGUGUGGACUUGAUCCGAGUGAACCGAGGGGUCGGGCUCAAUUUUGACCAGCGAAUCGUCCUCGAAAACGCUCAUGGAGGAGAGGUUGUUCGAUCAAUAUUUGCGGAUGAGACCGAUGGUACAAUUUUUACGGCAGGCGAGGAUGGACGGAUCAUGGCAUUCCGUCCACAAGGCAGUGGCCUAGCUACCACCCCUACUAAAGCGACGAAAUCUAAGAAGAUCGCCGAUACAAGAUACAGGCCCUACUGA